AUGGACACAUUAUCUCUAGUGUCUGUUACAGAAGACAAGCAGGUGGACGACAGAACUAUGAGCACAGGAAGAGAGAAAACAUUGCCCAAAGAUAAAGGUAUAGAGAGGAAACAUGAUAAAGAGGUGUACACUGACAGAAGUGGCUGGUGGAGAAACACUAUUAAGAACACUCCCAUUCCUGACAGUUACCACAUCCGAGACUUCAUAGAAGAGACAGGUCUCAACCCAGUGCCAAGGACAUAUGGUUUCAAAGGCACUGGGCGAAACACCCUCAUGCCGUGUGUGCGUAGAGGGGAUAUGUUAUUGCCUGGGGCAUAUAACUUUACAGAUUCAACCAAAGAUGCACUCCAGCGCCAGGCAACUUACUCUUUCAAAAACUGCCCCAGACCUGAUAACUACACGUUAGGCAUCAGGGAUAAGGAUAUUAACCUUUCACCCGGUCAUUAUGAUGUCAUGAAGAAGCCUGUCCCCAAAUCACCCUGCAAACACGUGAUGUUCCGUUCAGCGGUACGGAGGGUCAGCUUUCUCCCUAAGGAGGGACCUGCGCCUGGAUCUUACAACCCAAGGCCAAGCACAGGCACUGCAGUCACUUCCUGCUUUAGGUCCACAGUACCCCAGCUGUACAGUGUGCACUCUGGAACUCCGGGACCUGGCGCGUAUGAGCCCACAUGGCACAAGGGUCAACGGUUGAGUGCUGAGGUCAAAGUGGACUGGGCCCAUGACCUCCUCUUUCGCAACAUACCGUGAACUAUGUCCUCCCUAUACUGUAUAUACAUACAUAUAUAUUUCUUCCUAGUAACAUGUCCCAUUAUUGUGCAAGUAGAGUGCUCUGCCUGUUAAACAUACUGUACAUUUUUUUUGCACACAUAAAAUAAAUGUUCAAAAUCUCAGAGCUCAAGCCCAGUCAUGGGCUUGAGCUCCUCUUUUUUUCUCGGAAAAGACUGUAAACACUGGCUCUGUGGCGUUUGUUUGAGCAUCCCAACCAGCCAGACAUGGCAACAUUAGCUGAUAAGCUGUGAAAAUAACCAAGUGUGUGAGUUUGAGGCAGGGCCAUCUGUUUGUUCACCCAAUGGCAGGAAGGGGAAAAGUUUGGGAAACCUGUUUAAAAGAGUCAUUAUUUUUGCAAUUCUAUUUAGUGAUGCACUUGGAGCAUCGCCAAAUAGAAUAGACUGUUGUGUGUGAAAAUCCCAGGAGAUCAACAGUUACAGAAAUACUCAAACCAGACCGUCUGGCACCAACAAUCAUGCCACUAUCUAAAUCACUGAAAUUUUUUUUUUCCCCCAUUCUGAUGGUUGAUGUGAACAUUAACUGAAGCCCAGACCCUUAUCUGCAUGAUUUUACUACACUGCUGCCACACGAUUGACUGAUUAGAUAUGAAUUAAUAUAUAGAUGUACUGGUUUACCUAAUAAAGUGGCAUGUAAGUGUAUUUAUAUAUAUAUACCUCUCUGUACCUGUAUGCACAUUAUAUAUCACUGAAUGAACAGUGUUAAGCAACUGAAUGAUUAUUCUAAAGAAUAACUAAUGAAAAUAGCCAAAAAUUAUGAAAGGGUAAGCUUAUUUUGAAGGGAAACUGAAAUCACUGUUGUCAAUGAAACAACAGCACAAAGUCAGUACGGACAUUAGUACAAAUUUAGUAUGUACAUGCCAAAGAUAAGUGAGGAAGUGUUAUUGCGCUGCAAAAAUGGUGACCAUUUCCAUUCUUCCCAAAAUAGAAUGAGAAUG